UAUUCCAAUGGAAAAUCCUGAAUUAAAGAAAUUUGCUCAGGGAGCAAUAAUGGGUUGGAAUCGGUACAGGAAUAGUAAUAUCGAUAAUGAUUGGCACAAUCAAAAUUUAUGGAUACAAACUGAAGAAAUUUGGGGAGCAAUAUUUACCUUAUUGGCAUCAAUUCUAAUUACGAUAAUAUCGUGGAUUAUGAUAAGAAUAAAUCAUUGGAAAGAUAGGAUGGAAAAAAGAUUUAGAUAUGCUGCAAGAGUUUAUUUUGAAAGACAUAAUAGGGAAAAUUAUUUGGGUUUAUCAUUAUUAUCAUUUACCGUUGUCAGUCGGGAAGCUUUAGAAGCUUUUAUUUUUGUUGCGGGGUAA